GCGCGCGCACAUACUACACCACUCCCGAACCCAACCCGACUAUAUCCGAAGCCAAACCGCGCAUUCUAAUUUCAAAAUUUGAAACAUUUGUGAAGUGCAGUGAAUUUUGAAUUUCGAACGUGACGUGUGGUUGAACCCCCAACGGAUGUAUUUGGAGAUAUUUUGUGCCAGUGCUUAGUGAUUUAAAAAAAAAAACUAUUUAUGUGUUCCGUUGGCAAAACAGACAUGAUCCAUAGACAAGAAAGCUAGUGAUGUGACGUACAUAAUGUUGCACUGCGUCAUCGUGACGCAACAGAAACGGACAUCGGUGAAGUAGUGGUGCGCGUUAGAGUCGAUAGUAUAAUAAAUCGAUUAUCCUAUUAUACUUACACACACGGAUGAAUACCCUAAUGCUUACGACUAGUGGAUCAGUGGAAGAUCAGACUUGUGUCGACAGCAAUAUGUCUUUUUCAUCAUACAACAUGAUGGACUCCGGCGGGGCUGGCAUAGCGGAAUCCCCCCCUACCUACCACCGCACCUACGAGCAAUACGUCCAAGGAGGCGUCGAGAACAGCACCGACUCCGGCCAAGAUCAGACAAGUCCAGAACUAGUUGUAUGGUCCACGCUCCCUUACGGCCUAGACUAUAGAACUCAAUAUGAUUAUAGGAACCCAUAUGAGGCUUCAAGGGAUUAUUCACCUCAGCAAUACGCUAGAGCGCCUUUUACGACGAAAAUGGGGCAAGCUAAAGCGCUGAAAGAGGCGAGGAUAAGGAGGCCUAUGAACGCGUUCAUGGUGUGGGCGAAGGUCGAGAGGAAGAAGCUGGCCGAUGAGAAUCCGGACCUUCAUAAUGCCGAUUUGAGUAAAAUGCUAGGUAAAAAAUGGCGUUCGCUGACACCGCAAGACAGGCGGCCGUUCGUCGAAGAAGCUGAGAGACUCCGAGUGAUCCAUAUGACGGAGCACCCGAACUAUAAGUACAGGCCGCGAAGGCGGAAGCAGAACAAAACGAGACCCAACCAGCCGUCCACGCCCGUAAGCGCGCCGCCCGGUGCCUCCGCCGCACUAGGAUCUCCAUAUGCCACUGCCACUGACUCUCCUGACGCACGCUUUUCCCAUAACCCCGGAGCAGGUUUCUCCCCCUACCGCACGUCACCUCUCGCUUCAGAUUCAUUCCAAUCGAACCAACAGUUCAAUGGCCACGUCCAGACUCCUGAAUCAUCCCCCGCGAGGUCACCUGAACCUCAAGGCAGGAGGAGCGCCCCGGCCGAAGCCCCACUGCCGACUCCUGACGCCUCGCCCGUCGAGAAUGAGAAAGAAAACUUUCAAUACGAAGAGAGGCGGAGAGCCAUCAAUGCGUCGUCGCUAUCAGACUCAUACUCGCCUUAUAAGACGUAUAGAACGCCGGGUUCCUUCUCGCCAGCACCAGUAGCGGCCAUGGGAAUGGCCAACGGCAUGUACGUCAUGUGCACACAAAGAAACAACGCGGAGCAACCCCCGCUAGUGACAGGGACGUUCUUCCCCCCGGUCGCUACAUCCCAAGACCAGCAGGCUCUGGGCACGAGCACCCCGCGAGUAUCGUCAGCACCCAGCGGUUCCAUGCCGGCUGAAUAUAGCAUUCAAUAUCAUCCCUAUGAACCGUACGAGCAGAUGUACAAAACUGAAGACGCUUACGUGUCACAUUACCCAGAUCAGCCCAAAUCUGAAUACGAUACAGGCGGCUCGUAUUUCUCUGAAGAGCCGCCGCCAAAUACUCCUCAAGAGUCCGACCCGAACUUUAUGAACCAACGUUCAGAGAUGAGGACUGGAUCGCCUGACUCUGACGUCGACGCUAGGGAGUUCGAUAAGUAUUUGGACUACGGGGCAGAAGGAGGUAUGGAGCAGCAUCAGCAGCAGUACAGAUACGAACAGCAGCAGUACUCGAGGCCUCCAUAUUGCGGGGAGCAGCCUCCAGGGCCGGAGUACUGUUCCGAGAGGAUGUACCCUUCUCCGUACGCUUCUGUGAUCUCAGCUCCUCCGUCAGUGACUUACGCGCCUCCCGCCCCUGGCGCCGACGUGAGGCCAGAAGACGAGUUCAGCGUCAUCUUAGCCGGAGUGAGACAGACUUGCUACAGCAAUUGACUAUAGAGAGAGCUGAUAUGGAAAAGGAGUAAGGACAUUUCCUAAAUAUAGCCCAAAGAGUAUACCGACUUGGUCUUUCGAAUAGUGACUGCAAUAUAG